AUGCUUGCAGGCUUUGACGGCUCAAUCUCGUCGUGGUCUAGAACUUCAGUGAAACAUUUUCUUAUUAUUUCAAUCCUUAUCAAUCCGUUACUAUCUUGCUGUGCUCUCUCGCUGCAGCAGACAACUCCUAAUAGGGGGCCCCCCCUACACCAGAACCCAAGGGGCCCCCCCCGCGCUUGCCCUGGGUCUUUAAUAUGGGGGGCCCCCCUACCCUUUUCUAAGUACCUCGGGGGGCCCCCUGGAGGGGGCCCCUCACCUAAGGCGCUGAGUUUCAUCAAUCUGGCUGUGUACCCUCGCUGCUUCAAGUCAGAAUGUGGGGGCCCCCAAGGGGGUGGGCCCCUAGGGGCCCCCAUGGGGGCCCCUAGGGGGCCCCAUAGAGUGGCACCUCCGGUGUUCGCCAAAGGAGGGGCUUCCAGCCCUACGCGCGGCGCAUCGAGACGCAGACAGCGCGGUCAGAAGGAGCAGCAGCAGAGCAGCAGUAGCAGCAGCAGCAGUAGUAGCAGCAACGGCAGCAGCAAGAGGGAGAAGGAUUGCCUUAGUCUUGCAGGUCGUGUAGUGGCUUGUCUACCUGGGGGCCGGUUUAAGGUGCAGCUGGAGUCAGCAGCAGCAGCUGCAGCAGCAGCAGCAGGGCUGUCUCCUGUAUUUGGAGACACCUUAGAGGCCCCUUUGGGCCUUAGAGACAAAAUGAUAAUGUGCUCUCUUAGUGGCAAGCUGCGCAUUAAUCGGGUGUAUGUGCACCUUCACGACUUUGUUGUCUUGCAGACAAACCCUCUCUCCCCUCAAGAAGGCCGUAUUGUCUUUAGAAUAAAAGACAAUCCUGCUGCUGCUGCUGCUGAUGAUGAUGAUGCUGCUGCUGCUGAUGCUCACCACUGA